UCUGCACCGAGACCUAACGUCUACACAGUCGGCGGCGCCCUCCCGGAAGAGGUCAGUGUGGGGUUCGGUGAGUGAGUGAGGUCCGACAGCAGGACGGCCUGCGGGAAUUUCCUUGACGCUGCAUUCGAAACUGGGAAGAAGGCGGCGAGGAUUGGCCUGCAGUGAUUUCAUCGGAAAGUAUCUGUAACUCGACCCCUUCCGGGCCAGCCUGCGAGUGACUGCUCUCCGCGGUGCUGAAAACAGAGCGGCGCCUUGAGGAGGAAACCCGUUGAGGGCAGGACGGUGUUUCUGUUUCCCUUGGCCGUGCUCAGUGUCCCACGCUCCAUGUGUGUGUGAAGGAAGGGCUCAAUUUUUUAAAAAAUCAGUGCUGGACACUCAGGCGGUGAGCAGACAAUCAGUAUGAACUAAAUAAGAUUUAGGAAGGCCAGUGCUUCAUUUCAAGAAGGAAUUUUCAUUCCUGUUUUUUUAUUACAUCAUUACAACUCAAAUUGCAUUCUCCCUUUGGGCAGGCACCUUCAGCUCUUGCACUCAACCAUAUUUGCCUUCAGACUCAGACUUCCAAGUAGUUCGCUAGAUCUCUGUCUGUAUUGGCCCAGGCGCUUUCCUCUGUUGAAUUUUACACAAAGAAAGCUUAUAAAGGCAGCUUUGAUUAAGGAUGACGUCCCUGUUUGCUCAAGAAAUUCGCCUUUCUAAAAGACAUGAAGAGAUAGUAUCACAAAGAUUAAUGUUACUUCAACAAAUGGAGAAUAAACUUGGAGAUCAAAACAAGGAAAAGGCCCCUCAGAUGCAAACAACUGAGACUGCUUUACAAAGGAACCUUAGUCUUUUAAAGGAUAUAGAAGCGGCAGAGAAGUCUCUACAGACCCAGAAUCAUCCAGUUCCACCACCUGAGGUGGCUUCUCUUGAGACUCUUUACUGGGCAUCAGUAGAAGAAUAUAUUCCCAAAUGGGAACAGUUUCUUUUAGGAAGAGCACCAUAUCCUAUUGGUGUUGAAAAUCCAAAUGAAGCAGAAGAUACCAUUCAAAAGGAGGUGCAGCAAUAGCUUCUUCACAUACUAUUUCAAAAACCUAUUUAGGAAAGCUGAGUGUUAAAGAAUAUGCAGGUCACUGCAGGAACUUUAGGAAUCAGACAUGUUCACAUCGUCUCAUUACUUCCUCAAUGACAAUGAAGAUUUGAGAAUCUACUUGGAACUUUCAGGCCAUCACUGGGAGACCUACUACUCUUUCAGUGUCAUGAAUUUGCUUUCUACCCAACCCAUGGAAGUGUUAAAAGCUGAUAAUUGAAAGGUGGACUGUUGAUUAAAUAAGCUGCUGAAUGAGUGUUGUGUGCUGUUAAAAAAAAAAAAAGUCAUUUACUGUCACUCUCACCUAAACAGUGAA